UGCCCCGGUGAAGGCAAGGCGCCAUAGUCACGGUAGUCCUGGCGACAAGAACCAAGCAACGGGAGUCAACAACAACAACAGCCUAAAUCUAAGGAAAAAAAGCUCAAACUACUAAAAAGGACACUAUUGGGAUACAUUAAAGCAGAACUAGUGCCUCAAAGCAUUGGUUGCCAUGGCAACUUCUGGAUACUCGGAGGACCUUCAGCCUCAGCAGGCCAACACAGUAACUAUGGCAACACCUGGUGCCACCGCACCCUCAUCUGCAAAGACGGCACACUUCCUGUCCGAUGUCCCACCGACCUCUGGGACCAUUUCAUCUGCGAGCCAAUCGUCCGCUGGCGCAAAAACGGGACAGGACGCACUUUGUUCUCAAGCGCCGCCCACCAGCCAGAAGCCAGUGGUUCUGACGACUCCCACGCAACACUAUGUGCCCCCAGAUAUCCAACACACUGCGGUCCAGAAAAGUAAUGGUCAGAGCAACUCGCCUCAGUACAUCAUAGUGACUGUUACAGAGGGCUCUGUUCACUCCAACGACAGCCUGUCAGACUCCAGCCCGCCGGCCUCAGGUGUUCCUGCUCAGGUGGUCCAACCAGUGCAGACCAGCCAACAGAGGUCAGUGUUGCAAGCAGCCAAGAGGAUUCAGUCCGGCCACAUCAACAACCUGCAGUCUGUGCACAUUAACCAGGAGGUGGAGCAUGUGUACUCCGGUCAGGUGCAGUAUGUGGACGGAGGAGGAGACACCACCUUUACCACGUCCUCCAUUCGAUCGAGCAGCUACCCUUUCUCCGACUCGCCCCUUUACUCCCAGACCCCCCCCACCUCCUCGUCCUACUAUGAGGCCACGCCCAGCUCUGAGUCAGACCUCACCGGCUCUGUGACCUCGCAGCCCGUUUCUGUGGCAACAGCUGGAGCCAAUAGCGGCGGAGCCUCUGCGGGCGGAGGGGGCUAUGUCAUUCAGGGAGGCUAUGUUUUGGGAGGCGGAGCAACAGGUGGAGGAGGACAGAGUUACUCCAGCCCUAACUCUCGUGCCCCACCUGCUACUGUGCAGUGGCUGUGCGAUAACUACGAGGGGGCGGAGGGGGUGAGUUUACCCCGCUGCACCCUCUACUACCACUACCUGCUGCACUGCCAGGAGCAGAAACUAGAACCUGUUAACGCCGCAUCCUUCGGCAAACUCAUCAGGUCCGUCUUCAUGGGGCUCCGGACGCGGAGACUGGGGACCAGAGGGAACUCAAAGUACCACUACUACGGCCUGAGGAUCAAAUCUGGGUCCCCGCUGCUCAGACUGAUGGACGAACAGCAGCACAUGGCGCUGAGGCAGCAGCCUUUCUCACAGAAAAACAGGUUAAAGCCACUUCAGAAGGCACAGGGGAUCACCAAUGGCACAGCAGGUGGGCUGGGUCAGCAGGCCUCAGGACUUUGUGAUAUUUCAGCUCAGGUGCAACAGUAUCAACAGUUUCUGGAAGCAUCGAGGCCGCUGCCUGACUUUGUGGAAAUCGAUCUGCAAGCUCGGCCCCUGCCUGACGGGAUCAUCGUAGCACACCUGAAGGCCUUUCAGAUGCUCUACAGAGAACACUGUGAGGCCAUUAUGGACGUGAUGGUCAACCUCCAGUUCACCCUGGUGGAGACGCUGUGGAAAUCCUUCUGGAGGUUCAGCCAGAGCAUCGACACAGAAUCCCUCAACCUGCACAAUGAGUCGGAGAAGCGUCUACCCAAAUCCUGCCUGGUGGUGCUGUGUAAGUACGAGCCGGUGCUGCGCUGGACCAAGGAGUGUGACAACCUGCUCUACCAGACCCUGGUGGAGAUCCUCAUCUCUGAUGUGCUGAGACCCAUCCCCAGUGCCUUAACUCAGGCCAUCCGCAACUUUGCCAAGAGUCUGGAGAACUGGUUGACAGGCGCCUUGAUGAACAUCCCAGAGGAGAUGGUUCGCAUCAAGGUGGUGUGUGUGGGCUCCUUCUCCCAGACGCUGCGCCGCUACACCAGUCUGAACCACCUGGCCCAGGCCGCCCGCGCCGUGCUGCAGAACACCGCCCAGAUCAACCAGAUGCUCUCAGACCUGAACCGGGUGGACUUUACUAACGUGCAGGAGCAGGCUUCCUGGGUGUGUCAGUGUGGAGACAGCGUGGUGCAGCGGCUGGAGCAGGACUUCAAAGCGACGCUGCAGCAGCAGAACUCUCUGGAGCAGUGGGCCUCGUGGCUGGACGGGGUGGUCACCGAGGCCCUGAAGCCCUACGAGCAGAACCCCAGCGCCCUGCCCAAGGCUGCCAAGGUGUUCCUGCUCAACUGGUCCUUCUACAGCUCCAUGGUGAUCCGGGACCUGACUCUGCGCAGCGCGGCCAGCUUCGGAUCCUUCCACCUGAUCCGCCUGCUGUAUGACGAGUACAUGUACUACCUGAUAGAGCACAGGGUGGCCCAGGCUAAAGGGGUGACACCCAUUGCAGUCAUGGGAGAAUUUGCCAGCGCUGUCAAGAGCCGCAUCUCCCCCGACCUGGACAAAGAAGAAGAGGAGGAUGACGAGGAAGAGGAGAGCGACGACGAGGGAGGGGAUCUGGUGCUGCAGUCCAGCUCUCUGAGUGCGAUGGACGACGACAAGGACCCCAUGGAGCCGCCCACCAAGCUGCCCAGGACCACCUUCAGUCUGCACUCUCUCACCGACAGCACACCUCCUUAGCUGCUCAUCUGUAAAAAAUAUCUACACACACACACACACAUACACACACUCACAUUUGCUUUAAAUCAUGUCAUCCCAUCCUGUCACUCUUUGUCUGCAAACAGCUGAUUUCCGGUGUUGAGUGUGUUCGUGUGUGUGCAAUCAUGUGAAAGUGGGAGAGCCCUUUGCCAAUUUUGUACUUUUGUGCUGCCAUUUAUUUCUCUUUUGACUUCACCACAGUCCUUCCCUGGUUCCCUGUGCCUUCCCCUAAUUAUCCAGUGGCUAGCUACUCCUGUGUCCAGCCUCAAAUAUAUUUAUAUACUUAAAUAUAUAUAUUAUAUUCUUGAUUCCCUUCUGCCCCGCCUUAAUCACUGACCUGAUAUCUGUGUGGAGAUCUUCAUUGUACUCUUAACUCAUAAUUAUCUCUGACCUUGCCUUUAAAGCCAUGACUAUGCAGGGGAGCUGGACUUAAGUGAAAUAUAAAAACACUUUUUAAAUCUCAGAGUAGCAUCUGGACUGAUACUGGAUCAUGUAUGUUGAUGGAGCGUUAAUGUCGAAGCCAUAUUUUCCUUCAUGCCAUUUCUUAUUAAUUUGGCCAAUGAACUAAUACCCUGUGCCUUUGAGAGUUUUCUUGAACAAAAGCUUGUAUUCUAUAUAUUCUGUAUCGGUGGAUUAAUAAAUGAUGGUCCUGUGAA